AUGGAUCAGCAUGGAGCGGCCGACCAGCACGGGGAUGGGCUUCCAAACCUGGGGUCCGAGAUGGAGAUGGAUAUUUUUGAUUCCAUACCUUCGGCCGGAUCAGGAGACAACUUGACAGAGAUCCCUCCCAGCAUGUACGCCUGGUGCAACAACCCCGAGGCGCCAUGGAAUUCCCUCAACGCCGUCACUGCAUUGUCAGGGACGCUUUCGAGGGUUCGUAGCGGAACCAACACAGUCCGCAGCCCGGUGAUACCUAGAAAUGCCGCCGACCUGCCUCCGUCCUUCACAGAGUAUCGCUGGACCCAGCCGCCCCCCUCGGAGUGCUCGACGCAACCGCCGGUUGACAUAUUCGCGUCCGAUUCGGGAUAUGGGACCGUCUUGUCGGCGCCGAGGCUCAGCAUCGCGAACACAUCUGUUUUUGGUGACAAUAACACCGACACGCAGAGCCUCGCAGGCCAUCUUUCCAACUUCGAACUGCAGACCAACAGCCUGACGCCCAUUGAGGCAUUUUAUAAGCGAACCCAUGGCGAUGUUGUCUCGCGGCCCACGGCAUACGGUUCGCAGCCGGCAAUGCAAGGACCCAGCUCCCUGACCUGUCGAUAUUGCCGUGAUACUUUCAAGACCAGGUCGCAACUGAAGAAGCACAUGCAACGACAUGAUAAGAUGCAUUUUUGUAAAGAACCCGGGUGCACGCGUAAAGAAGGCUUUAGCACACAAAAUGAUUUGGACCGACACAAGCGCAGCAAGCAUCCAGCAACGAAUGCGACGGGGCGGAGAUAUAGAUGCCACCUAGGGACUUGCAAAAACAAACCCAAAAAGUGGCCAAGGGCCGACAACUUCAGGCAACAUUUGAAGAGAAGACACAAGGAUGAGGUUGAAGACGAUGACCUGGAACAAUUUGUCGUGCACGAGAACGCUCCGACAGAUGGGGGGAUUGAUUGCGGAUCAAACGUAGACACAGAGACGGAAUACCUAGGCGCUGGACCUUUACACGUAGAAUUGUCUGACGUUGGGCAGGAUUUGAGGGCAACAGGGAAUCCCCAACAGGUAAGAUGGGCUACAGCCGAAGACGCGCUCCACGCCUAUGUAGAAGAUGAUUUACAGCACGGUAUUGGAGAGCAACCCCAACUCUCCCUCGAAGUCCCAUUUGACGCCGCCGGUAUGAUGGUGGGCGGCCAGUUCACAGUGUUCUCCCCGACGACGCCCGACAGCCAGGACGUCAACCUGCAGACCAUAGAUAACCCCUCAACUGUGGACUUCGACCUCGGAGAAAUAUACCGACCUACAGCCGCAUCCGCAAGGCCAGCGCUGACUGCCGAGAACCAAUGCGCCCUGACUCCAAUAUUCUCUUCGCAGCCGGAAGACCUUGGGCUCAACAUUCAUGAUCCCUUCCACAAUCAUGGAGGUUUAUUUCAAGAUUUCUCGGAUCCACCCCGAAUCACCAUCGAGAUGGUGGCACCUGACAAUGAUAACUCGUCAUUACUGAACUACGACGACCCACAUAGGCGUAGUCUAGACACUCUCACAGACGUUUACACACAUGAUGAUGAUGAUGACAGCAUCAGUGUCGACAACAACGAUGUGCCUGGCGAUAUCGACGCCCCUGGAGAAAAUGACGCAGCGCAACAUGCUAGAAUCACUAUGGGGUCCAGCUGCCCGCAAGAGUCGGAGAAUGACUCCGGGGGCACUACGCAGGAAGAAUCUAACGCGGCGUCCCCUGCAGCAACUCCUCUACCCGAGCAGGUAUCGGAAGAAAAAGAGCAGGAUGAAGAUUCAGGCCAAACUACAAAGACGGCAUUUCUCGAGACGCUCAAGGCUGGCGACCUUGACGAGAUACUCAAGCAGCAUGGCUACCGGAAACAUCCCCCAUCUCAAGCCGCGGCCAGGAGGAGAUCCUCGAGUCAAACUUCCGGAGGCCCUAGUACUGAGGUUACCGGCAAUUUCAAGUGCCCCGAUAGUGGAUGCUCCAAGACAUUCAACCGGGAAUGUGAGCUCAGGAAGCACAUGAGGCGGCAUGAAAAGCCCUACGGCUGUACUUUCCGAUACUGCACCAAGAGGUUUGGCAGCAAGAGCGACUGGAAACGGCACGAGAAUAGCCAACACGAGCACCUGGACGGAUGGCGGUGCGACAUCCUGGUGCCGUUCCCGGCGAGGGUGACGACAGAGGCCGCCGUCAAGACGACGCAACCAUGCGGCAAGCAGUGCCACAGGCGCGAGACCUUCAGGACGCACCUCCAGCGCGACCACGGCCUGAUCGAGGAUCAGGUGGUCAAGAAACUAGAACAGUGUCACUACGGCAAGGAUUGCGAGUCGCGGUUCUGGUGUGGCUUCUGCAUCGCGGUUGUUCGCGUUGGCAGUGACGAUCUAAAAGGCGCCAGCAGCAAGGGUGGAAGGAAUAAGCUUGCCGACGUUGGGUGGUCUGUGAGGUAUGACCACAUUGAUGAUCACCUAUUCGGGCGGACGCUGCCGAAGAAGACGAUCGAUGAGUGGAGGCACGACGAGAUGGAGAGCACCGUCGGGGCAGCGGCAGCGGCAGCCACAGCGGAGUUGGAAGAGCCGGAACAGCAGAAGGACGAGAUGGAAGCAGCCGACGGUCCCCAGACAAAGGAGCGGGAGCGGAGAAACCGGCGCCAGAGGAAAGCUAUGAAAUCUUUUUUUUUGGGGGUUGAUAGAUCGCCGCCUACUCAUUGGCAAUGUUGUCAGUGCCAUGACCACAACAUGAUACGGUCGACCACGCGGUGCAUUGGUUGCGAGGUUGGCUGCCAGCAUGCUAUGUGUGAAUACUGUGAAAAGUUCCAUAUCAGGGUGGCCAAUUGAUGAAUUGAGGGCCUUGUCUGGGAUUUCUAGUAUACCUCUUUUCAGACCCUGUGACCCUUUCCCCAUGAUUGAUGAGUCUUUGGUUGAUGAGUGAUGGGUUUCUGCAGGCAAGAAACAAGGGGGUUCGUUUUCUCCUUUGUUUUGUCGUUCCUUUGUCUUCCUUAUGUUGUUAAAAACGCUUUUUAUGUUCUAAAUUAUGAUGUCACCAAAAAGUUUUACCACCGAUGUAUACGCAUUGCUCAUUCAUCGCGAAGAUUUUCCAUCAGCAACAUGUCGCCGGGAGGACCAUUUAUUCUGUUCACUGGGGAGGGCUCGGAGAAUUCUUGUUGUUGUUGCUUUCUUAGGACACCGAUGUGGUGAUAUAGAGUAGAAGUUGCACAUGUGGCACUGAUAGAACACAUUUCUUUAUUUAUUAGUUGCUGGGCCGUCUCGACGAGUAACGUACCCGUGGCUUGAGUGGACAGGUAUCAUGGGACGUGUACCACAUAGGG